ACACUAAUUAAACAUGCUUUUGCCGGAUGAAAUGACUUUUUCAACCAUGUUUUCUGUUUUUAAAUUUUGUUUUCAAUACAAUGUCUUAGAAAAGUAUUAAAAAAAAAAAAACAUAAUAUAUAAAGAUUAACAUCUCAAAAUUGUUCUUGUCUUCUUGAGUCAACUUAGUUCUACAAAGUGAGCCACCUCUUUCUCUUAACAUUUGGAAUACCCACACAGCUUUCAUAGACCAUGCCAAGCAACAAUAGUGUGAGAAAAGAAGAAAAUGUUCCAUUGUUGGAAGAUUCACCUCCAACCAUCAGAUUGAAAGAAGAAGGAGAUCAUGACGAUGAACAAGAUCUUUCUAGGAGGGUAUGGAUAGAAUCAAAGAAGCUCUGGCAGGUAACAGGUCCUGCAGUCUUUAGCCGACUCUCCUCCUGUUCCAUGAUUGUCAUCACUCAAGGCUUCGCUGGUCAUCUUGGUGAUCUUGAACUAGCUGCAAUCUCAAUUGCCUGCAAUGUCAUCAUUGGCUUCGACUUGGGUUUCUUGCUCGGAAUGGCAAGUGCUUUAGAGACUCUAUGUGGGCAAGCUUUUGGGGCCAAGAAGUACUACAUGCUUGGUGUGUACAUGCAACGUUCAUGGAUUGUUCUGUUUUUGUGCUGCGUUCUGCUGUUGCCGAUGUUUGUGUUUGCGUCUCCGGUACUAAAGCUGUUGGGACAGCCUACAGAUAUAGCAGAGCUAUCUGGGAAAGUUGCCUUGUGUUUGUUACCGCUUCAUUUUGCGUUUGCAUUUCAAUGCCCAUUGCAGAGGUUCUUGCAGAGCCAGAGGAAGAACAGCGUGAUUGCUUGGUCAACAUUUGCAGCGCUUGUGGUGCAUGUGGUUGUGAAUUGGUUGUUCGUUUAUCGGCUUCAACUGGGACUGGUUGCUACUGUAAUUACUUUGGGCUUUUCUUGGUGGGUUAUGGUGCUUCUGCAAUUGCUCUACACGGUCUUUGGUGGGUGUCCAUUGACAUGGGAUGGAUUCUCAAUUGCAGCAUUUUCAGAUCUCUGGGAGUUUGUCAAACUCUCAGCUGCUUCAGGGGUCAUGCUCUGCUUGGAGUACUGGUACUACAAAAUACUAGUAUUGAUGACUGGGAAUCUAGAGAAUUCAGAAAUUGUGGUCGAUGCUUUGUCCAUAUGUAUGAAUAUAAAUGGAUGGGAGAUGAUGAUUCCUUUGGGAUUCUUUGCAGGAACCGGAGUAAGGGUGGCUAAUGAGCUUGGAGCAGGGCAUGGAAAAGGUGCAAAAUUUGCUGCAACAGUAUCAGUGGUAACAUCCAUUGCAAUUGGUCUAUUCUUUUGGCUAUUGGUGAUGCUUUUCCACAAUGAGCUCGCGUUAAUAUUUUCCUCAAGCAAACCUGUUUUGCAAGAAGUAAACAAAUUAUCUGUUCUCUUAGCCUUCACAAUUCUGCUCAAUAGUGUUCAACCUAUUCUUUCUGGUGUUGCGGUGGGAUCUGGAUGGCAAUCUUAUGUUGCAUACAUAAACUUGGGUUGCUAUUAUUUAGUUGGGCUACCACUUGGCUAUUUCAUGGAAUAUGUCUUUCACCAAGGAGUUAUGGGAAUUUGGGCUGGCAUGAUAUUUGGAGGAACAGCACUUCAAACCUUGAUAUUGGCCAUCAUUACCAUUCGAUGUGACUGGGAAAAAGAGGCACAGAGAGCAAGUAUGCAUCUAUUGAAGUGGUCAAGCACACUAGAAGAACAUUAAAUUGUUUUUUUUUUUAAUAUUGUGCUACGUGAGAUGUAAGAAGAGAUACCUAUAAGAACCUAAAUGCCUUUUAAUUUGGUGCCCUGAUAGUGAUGUUGUUGUUGUUGUUGUUGUUGUCGUCGUCGUCGUUGUUGUUUUUGAAUUUUUUAAAAGUUGAAUAAAGAACUAUGUUAUAUCAA